GGAAAUCUAACAGCUUUUGCAGACUCGCCUGCGGAGGAGAGGAAAGUCUGAUGUCAGUGGGUAGCGAUGGCAGCAGUGUUUCAGUUACACAUCCAUUUACGAGGGAUUAUUUGAAUAUACAAUUCAAGUGUGUUUAAGUGUAUAUUCCCUUAAAAGUAAAAUAAAAAAUAGUAUGUUUCUGUAGCCUUAGAACAGCAGCACUGCAUUAGCUAGGUAGUGGCAUAAUAGUCUGUGUUUUUGAGACAACUCAUUGGUUCCAUUUAGAAACGUGUGUUUUUCUAUUUUCAGCUCAUAUAAAUAUUGUAUUUAGUGUUGUUUCAGUCUGAAAAUGUGUAUUUCACAAGAGAUUAUAUGCAUAUUGACACAAUCUCACAUGUUUUGUAAGAACGUUGUAGAUUACAGGUGCGUGUUUUGAAUUCAUACUACACUAGAAGUAUGUAUAAGAUUUAACAGCGUUGAUUAUCCUGUCUGAUUUAAAAUACACUGUUUGUGUCAUACCGCCCCAAUCCGCAGGUAGGCAGACGCGACCGCGCACAGCAAAGACGCUCAACGGCAACAUUUCCUGUCUCGGUGGAGAUAUUUUUGGCGGUUGAAGACUGACCGGGGAUCAGAUAUUACCGCUGGGCAACUGCUGCUAAUGACCUGUGGAGCUGUGGAAGUUAACCGACUGCAGACCAGCUGUCACAUAUACACGAGAAGGACCAACGCCGGCCACUAACCAAAAUGAAGGAGACGUCAGCUUGUGAGCAGCCAUGGUGCUGCCUCACCUUCCUCUCUACAUCCUCCUUCUCUCUCUUUCUCCACACCACUGUACCUCACUGUCUCAGAGCUCCACCCAUGGAGACCCUCUCCUCCACACCCCCCUGCCCUCUGUGACUGCAGCAGGACCAAUCCUGGAGGGCCGUCCCUUCGUCGUCGUGUGGAACAUACCCACAGCGCGAUGUCAGGAACGCUACGAUGUUCACCUGAACCUGGGAGACUUUGACAUUGUGGAGAAUCGACGGCAGAGAUUCCAGGGACAGAGAAUGACCAUCUUCUACCGGGACCGCUUGGGAUUAUAUCCAUACCUCUCUCAGGAUGGCAGGGAGGUGAACGGAGGAAUACCACAGCUUGGCGAUCUCGCCGCUCACCUUUCUCUCACGGGGAUGCAGAUGUCCAGUUCGCUGCAGCCAAACUUCACAGGUUUGGGCGUCAUCGACUGGGAGGAGUGGCAGCCAAUAUGGGAGAAAAACUUUGGGGCCAAGAUGGAGUACCGCAGGUUGUCCAAAGAGCUGGUUAAACGCAACAGCCCGGAUUUGUCGGACAGGGCUGUGACAUCACUGGCGAGGCAAGAGUUUGAGGAGAGUGCUCAGAAGUUCAUGGAGGACACGCUGCAGUUGGCUGUCAGCCAUCAUCCCAAGGGAUUGUGGGGGUUUUAUGGGUUUCCUGUCUGCUUUAAUAAACACAAGAGGAAAACAGAUGAGAGCUACACAGGACGCUGUCACAGGGGCACGAGACAGCAAGAUGACCGUCUGUCGUGGCUCUGGAGACAGUCCACUGCUCUCUAUCCCAACAUCUACCUGCCACAGAGAGGAGUGACGGAUGCAACUCUCAUGGUCAGACACCGUGUUCUGGAGGCUUUGAGGGUUGCAUCACUUUGGCGCCACAGCAGCAACACCAACCACAGCACACCAGUCCUUCCCUACGCCCGGCUAGCAUUCAGACACACUCUCAACUUUCUCAAUAAGACGGACCUGGUGCAUACAAUCGGGGAGAGCGCAUCAUUGGGUGCUGCUGGAGUGGUGCUGUGGGGAGAGCUGAAAUUUGCCAAAUCCAAGAAUCAGUGCAUCCUCCUCAGAGACUACGUCGGCACCGUCUUGGGUCCCUUCAUACGAACGCUAAGGUCUGACACCCUGCACUGCAGCCUCCAACUUUGCCAUGGCAACGGGCGCUGCACCAGGAGACGCCGCAACUCUGGUCACAUGGUGUCAUUAGGUCAAGCUAUAAUCACAGACCCUCAUGACUUUACCAGUAACAAACCUUUUUAUGGUCACUUCAAGUGUCAUUGUUACCCAGGGUGGACUGGACAGAAGUGUCAGGUGUUGGUGAAGGAUGAAACCACCUAGAACAAAGAGUAAACCACACUUUUCAUGUGAGAACAAAGACAGAACAGUGUGUCUGCUCCCUAUGGGGAUGUACAAGUAAAAUAAAUACAUUUGGAAAUGUACGUUUAUUUUUGCAUGUAUUUUAAAAAGGUCAAUAUUUCACACUUUUUCAGUUUUUGCCCUGAAAUGGCAAAAUGUAACAGUAGGACAUAAAGACACAAUCUAAGUAAAAAUCUGUAACAAAUAACACAUUCAUUUUAAAUUAAAAUUAAAAUGUAGACAUCAUGAAAACAUUACUGUCUCCAUUAACUCGUGAAUAACUUAAUAUACACAUUAGUGAGUUUUACUGUAUACUCUUCCACAAACUAUUCAGAUGAAGUAAAAUAUGUCACUGACACUUUACUCAAAAGAGAACAUCUGCUUCAACACAAUUUACAUGGGUUUAAACCAGUGGUUAGAAACGAUGAGUAAUAAUUAGUUUGCGGAAAACAUUAAAUGCUCAUGGUGUGAUGACGUGAUAUGAGAGAAACCUCCUUUACUGAUUUAAUCCAGUCAGUCCUUUUGGACAUAAUUUAGAUAAAGGUCAUCUCAUUUCAUGGGUCCACAUCAGAUUGAUUUUGAGAAACAAAAAAACAUUUAGAGAACGUUCUAUCAAAUUUGCUGUAAAACACAGUUUUACUGCACUUAUGUAGUUUGUGUUUUGUUUUCAUCAUGUCCAUUGUCCUCGCAUUGAUGUCAGGUUGUGUCUCAGCGCCUGCAGUUCUUGGAUCAGCAGUGACAGCUCUGUGGCUGCAGCCUCUUUCUCUCGCACUGCCUCAGUCAGCAUCUGGAUUGCGCCGCCCUGCUGGACUGCAGAAGGAGCAAACACGAAAGUAUAAUCUCAAUCCAUCCUGGGUUGAAUAACAUAAAAAUGAGAUCCCACACUAUAGUGGAAAGUGAAAUGAAAUUGACAAAUGCAGAACAAGAGUGUGAUUCAUAGAAACUGGAGAUAAUCUCACCCAGGAAAUAGAAGAUGAGAAACACUGUUAGCAGAAGCAAAGUGAUGACGGCACAGCUCAUGGCAUAAGCGUGUGACGAACUGGGUGUCAACAGGUUCUGUAGAUGGCUCUGCCAUUUCCUGCUGACUGGAUGGCCUCUUUGAUUGUCACUCGUGUAAAGGGUCCCAUGUUGUGAAGGUGUGUAAGCAGGACGAGGAGGCCUCAUCCCUGAAAUCAUACACAGAUGAGUUUUGUGGCUUCUGCGGCUGCAUUCACAGUAUUUAUGUGUACAUUUGUGGCUGUGUCCAUGAUGUUUGUGUACCUGUCGGUGUGUUCACGAAAUAUGUGGUGUGUGUGUGUGCGCACCUUUGUUGCUGUGUUCGAGGUGUGUGCGGUGGAGGUCGUUGAUGGAGUCCACAGAGUGAAGCUCUAUCUCGGUGAGAUCUCUGUCACUGACUCUGUGGAACUGAGGUGUGGUCUGGGAGGAAGGAGGCCUCGACAUCUCGCCCCCUCUUGAGGGAAACGUCAGGAUGAACACAGGCCAGCAGAAAAGCCUCACCGUGCAGUGUCGCGCACAGAGUUUGGUAACAGCGGAAGUAUUUGGCGUGAGUGUGAGUGACUCUCCAGCGGGGACUCGGCUGACAUGAUGUGGA